GGCACGGGAGUGCGGGCGUGGGGAGGGGGGCGGGGAAGGGAGCGGCCGGCCGACCGACCGCGAGGCCGUGAGAAAGUGGGCGAGCCGGUGAGGACGCGCGGCCUGGCUGCGGGAGCCGGCGGCGAGGAGAAAGGAGGCGGCUCCCGGCAUCCCGCCCCCCUCCCCCUCCUCAGCGGACUUCCCGCGGCCCGCGCUCGCUCCUAGGCGGCGGCCGGCCGGGGCAGGCGAGGGAGGAGCCGGCGGCCAGAUAAAAGUUCACAUCAACUAAUCCAGCAAAAGGAAGAACAAGCAGACCGAGAUGUGUAGCUCAGUGACUGGUAAGCUGUGGUUCUUGACAGAUCGUCGCAUCAGGGAAGACUACCCACAGAAAGAGAUCUUACGGGCGUUGAAGGCCAAAUGUUGUGAAGAGGAAUUGGACUUUAGGGCUGUGGUGAUGGACGAGGUGGUGCUGACAGUCGAGCAAGGAAAUCUGGGUCUGCGGAUCAAUGGAGAGCUAAUCUCUGCCUACCCACAGGUGGUGGUAGUGAGAGUUCCCACCCCAUGGGUGCAGAGUGAUAGUGAUAUUACUGUUUUGCGCCACCUAGAGAAGAUGGGAUGCCGACUGAUGAACCGACCUCAAGCCAUCCUGAACUGCGUUAAUAAAUUCUGGACAUUUCAAGAGUUAGCUGGCCAUGGGGUACCUCUGCCAGAUACUUUUUCUUACGGUGGCCACGAAAACUUUGCUAAAAUGAUUGAUGAAGCGGAAGCACUGGAGUUCCCAAUGGUAGUGAAGAAUACUCGGGGUCACAGAGGCAAAGCUGUUUUCUUGGCACGAGAUAAACACCAUUUAGCGGAUCUAAGCCAUCUUAUUCGGCAUGAAGCUCCAUAUUUGUUCCAGAAAUAUAUUAAAGAGUCUCAUGGGAGAGAUGUACGAGUCAUUGUUGUGGGAGGCCGUGUAGUUGGCACCAUGUUACGUUGUUCAACAGAUGGAAGGAUGCAAAGCAACUGUUCGCUAGGUGGAGUGGGGAUGAUGUGCUCAUUGAGUGAACAAGGGAAGCAGCUAGCUAUCCAGGUGUCUAAUAUCCUGGGGAUGGAUGUGUGUGGCAUUGACCUGUUGAUGAAAGAUGACGGCUCCUUCUGUGUCUGCGAGGCCAAUGCAAAUGUAGGUUUCAUUGCCUUUGAUAAGGCUUGUAAUCUAGAUGUAGCUGGUAUCAUAGCAGACUAUGCUGCUUCCCUUCUUCCCGCUGGCCGGCUCACCCGGCGCAUGUCCCUGCUCUCUGUGGUGUCCACUGCCAGUGAGACUAGUGAGCCGGAGCUUGGUCCCCCUGCCAGCGCUGCUGUCGACAACAUGAGCGCGAGUUCCAGCUCUGUUGAUAGUGACCCUGAAAGCACCACCGAGCGAGAGCUGCUCACCAAGCUCCCAGGGGGGCUGUUCAACAUGAACCAGCUGCUAGCCAAUGAAAUCAAACUCCUGGUGGAGUGACUCCACUGGUAAACAGUUAAACAACAAAACCCUUGUAAAACUGUCUCCCUGCACCCACCCCUUCCCUUUAACCAACUUGCAAUGCUGUUCAUGGAGAAUGUUCAGAAGGUUGAGAUAAAGAUUGGUUAGAAGAAGGGGAAAUAGAUGAGACCCCUGGUAGGAAUACUUAGCUGAUUCAUUUACAGAUUUCACAGAAGAAUACUAGGUGACACACAGAGAAAUGGCAGGCUCUCAAGUUAACCUUUCCAGUUACUAAAACCCUGCUCUUAGGCCAUGAGGAAAUGAAAGGGUUUUUUUUUCUCCCGAUGGUCUCUUGCUUUUGUUUUUAUGUAGAAUGGUUUUGAUCCAAGUACUUAGUAGCAUGACUUCAGUUUCAAAUUUGUAAAGAGGAAAACACCCGCUUAAAAUACAGAAAUGUUUUAAAUAAUAAUCUGAAAGUUCUGCCGUUUCUCUCAACUAGCAUUUAGCGCAUAGUUGUUUAUGAACCCUAAGGGGCUCUGACUGGAAUUUCUUAUUUUCAUGUUCGUCUUUGUUUUUUCCCCCUUAAUUUGGGUGGGAGGGUAAUGUGACUAUAAUCCAAUAAAGAUUUUUAAUAACAAAAUUGGCAUGUUUGCAUGAUGAAAGGGGAAUGAACAGUAUUGCAAUGUCUGGUAUACAAAGUAACAGUUACUCAAUGUAGAUAAAGUUACACUAGUUAAAAGUUUGUGUAUUGACUUGUAUUUGUUAGUGUUUUAGUCUUUUUUUGAAGGAUAUAUGCUCUGUUAAUGUUGCAUUUUUAAUACAUGCUGGUAACACCCUUGCUCUAUGACUGCAUCUUUAACAAUGACCAAAGUAAACAAAAUGUUACUUUUUGGUUAACAAGACACCACUCAAAACACACACAUUUAAAAGUCUCUCUUUUGAUGAGUUAGACAUUUCAAGGAUAUAAAAGACAUUUCCGGGAGGCAAGUCAAGGUUAUUAGGUAUAAAGCUGAAAGGAUUUCUUAAUGCUAACUUUCUGUGUUUGCAUUUUUCACAUUUUAGAAAGGAGUAUAUAUGUCGCAUGCAAGUGUACAUGUUUUAUUCUUUGUUUACACCAAACAGAAUAGAUUCUAGAGAAUGGCAUGAUAGGAAGCAGUUUUUUACUGAAAACAAAACAGAUGAAUUGCCUUAGACCUCGAUAGUAUAGAGAUACUCCCCUAAAGACAAUAGGAAAGUAGAUGUUUCUUAAGCUUUUUUGUGUGUAUGUAUGUUGUUUGUUUUUGUAGACUGUUUGGUGUAUGAUUUAUUCAAGGCUACAUGCUUUUAUUUAAUGUUAUGGCUGUGCAUUUUCUUUUUUGUGCUUAAAAGAUCUGGAGGGAGGUGGGCUGGAUGUUUUGGGGGGGGAUUUAUUUAAGUAUUGAGUCUCAUAUAGCCCUGCUCCUAAGCCUUCAGUACUGACCAUUCUGUUCCUUUUUUGAAUUGAUGAAAGCCCCAAACUGCAUAUAAUAUGAGCCUUUAAGUCAAGGAAUAAAACAAUCUAGUGAUGAGUAUGGAAGAUGUAUUAAGAAGUGGAGAUGCUUCAGGGGUCGACAUAAUUUUUCCCCAAGCUUUUCUUGCUUAUCCAGUGCUGUUUUUCUUCAGAUGGACUUUAACAUAAUUUCUUGGACACUGCUUAGAGACUUCAAGGCAAUAAUAAAACAUCAGCAUUAUCCAGCUCUACAGAGGUUUGAUCAUGCUUAACUGUAUAGUUCUCCCAUUUUAAAAAGGAAUGUAAUAAAACUUGGUUUCCCCCAUAGAAUUCAAUAUUAAAAUGGAGUGAAAGGUUUUAUUGACAAAUAGAA